AUGGCUAGCUUGAAGGUAUUUCUCGCAGUUUACUUGCUUGGCGGUAUCACAUUUUUGCCUUUGGUCCUUUUCACCCUCUAUAAAAUCCAUUUAUUGUACAGUAACCUUAAAUCGGCAUCGAAGAAGGAGCUAGAUCAUGAUACAGCAGACGAAAUUGAUGAGAAAACCAGACUUCUGGCUCGCGAUAUAGACCCAGAGUUUAAAGCACGCAAGCUAGAAGAGCAAUUAGGUGUCAAAGUUUUUAACAAGGGUUGGAUCACCGUCACUAAGCAAUAUUAUUAUCAUUCUUCAGAAGUGGCUGUAAUUUUGAAGAAUUCUAAUAAUAAUAAAGAUUCAGACACUGCACUUCAAGAGCAAAUCUUGCAAAGAACAGACUUGAAGAAAAAACAAAGGUUUUUUGCAGUAUUAAGACAUGGAAAUUUGUUUUUGUAUAAAGACGAUUCUCAAAAUGCAAAUUUGGUCCAUGCUAUAUCUUUACAAAACAGAUUUAUCACCAUUUGGCCCCGUUUCGAUGAACUGGGUAAGGAAGAAUUGCCAGAUGCCUCGCUUUUCACUAAGAGAACUUGUAUUGCUAUUUUCAAGAAUGACCUCGUUUCUAUAGACUCUAAAAACCAUAAUGUUAUCCUGCCACACUUCGACCCACUUACCAGUGCUGAAUCGAAUAACGGUGACAUCUCUACCAAUGACACUACACAUGAAUAUCAAUCACAAUUCCAUAGCUCAAAUCAGUUCUUCUUGUAUUUCGAUAAUAACAUGGACAAAGAAGAUUGGUAUUAUCAGUUGAUCAAUGCCUCUAAAAACAGUAAUUCCCUCUCAACUGGUUUAUUGGAUCCUAAUGUUUCAGCUAACGCAGCUCAUUUGAAGACUAAGGAUAUGUUACAAUUGAUUCAGGAUAUCAACUCUACUGAAAAUCAGUUAACUACUAAGUGGCUGAAUGCUCUUCUUGGGAGAUUAUUUCUUUCUCUGCAACAAACUGAUACGUUGAAUAAGUUUAUUCAUGAGAAAAUCUGCAAGAAAUUGAAUAAAAUAAAAACCCCAGGGUUCUUGGAUGAUUUGGUUGUUGAAAAGGUCGACGUGGGUGAUAGUGCUCCAUUAUUCACCUCUCCUGAGUUAUUAGAAUUGUCUCCUGAGGGUUCGACUAAGAUUGCUAUCGACGUUCAAUACAGGGGAAACUUGACAAUUAUUAUUGCGACAAAGGCGAGUAUUAACUUGGGAUCACGUUUCAAACAAAGGGAGGUUUCUUUGCAGUUGUCCAUAAAAAUUAAAGAAUUUUCCGGUCCACUUUUAUUUUUAAUCAAACCACCUCCAUCUAACAGAAUUUGGUAUGCUUUUCGCACCGAACCUAUAAUGGAUUUUGAAAUUGAGCCCAUUGUCAGUUCAAGUAAAUUAUCAUACAACGUCGUUACUAACGCUAUAAAGAGUAAGUUUGCCGAAGCCGUGAAGGAGUCCCUAGUUGUACCGUUUAUGGAUGAUAUUGUUUUUUAUCCAACACCUAAUGAAGUAUACAGAGGUGGUAUUUGGGAGGAGCAGGAUCCUGAGGCAGCGGCGAGGGCUCGCACUGCUGCGGCAGCCUCAGAUAUGAAUAAUACUAGUGCUAAGGAACACUUAGAAGCACUUCAAGAGGGCGGAAUGAAAACCCAGAGUCGAAUCAAAAAAGCCUUAAGGCCAGAGAGAAAGAAAGAAAACCUAAAAGAUCUUGUUGACGCAUCUGGAGUGGCAACGAAAACUACAACCCAGACAACAGUCACAACCGCGACUAAUGAUGAUGUUUCCAGUUCUGAAAAUUCUACCAAGUCAAGGAAAUACUUCAAGAAUUCAAUCAAGAAAAUCGGUAGAUGGUAUAAGGAUAAUGUUGGUAAUUCGAGUGACACCGAAGAUAUGGAUGAAAUAGAUGUUCAAGAUAAGAAAAAUGACGAUUCAGCAGAUGAGAGAGAAUCAGAUAAUCCUAUCCUUACAUCCAAUCCAAAAAUGAUUUCUAAUAGGAGACCAGUACCAAGAAGGCCUUCACAACCGUUAAAUACACUAUCUCCAAAACUAGAAGGCAGGAAGGAAAAAGACACUGAGAAUUUUCCAGUUCCACCGUCGGCUUCAAAUAUGAAUGCUUCAAAGAUGUUUGCGAACAAAGAAAAUAGAAAGUUUUCUGUAUCCUCAAAUGAUUCUCAGAAUUCGCUCAAAAAUGGUGAUCCCCAUGUGAAAGCUUCAAAACUUGAAAGCUCUCAAGCUUUUGUUAAGAAGACCUCUCAGAAUCGUUUUAAUGACGGCUUUUUCAAGCAAGAUUUAGAAUUUGAAGAACAGCGAGAGCCCAAACUGUGA